AUGUUCUCUAACCCGGCAUCAGUCGUUGGCGAGUCGUCGGGUUAUGACUUCGAGAAAGAGGAAAAUGCCGCCAAGUGGAAGGGAGUCUUCGUUCAUUCCUUGCGUAAGGUGUUGGAACAAGUUCAUCCUAGUCUCGAAGCUCGUCAGGAUGCUUUAGACUAUGUCGAAAGCCUAAUUCUAAGAAUGUUGGGCAUGCUCUGUGGACAUCCACCUCCUCACACUCCCCAAGAUGUAGAAGAGAGAGUGAGACGAACUUUUCCUACUCCUAUCGAUAGAUGGGCACUCCGAGACGCAAGAGAGGCCCUGGAGAAAGGGAAAAAGAAAUCACCUCUUGUUCUGCCUGUUGACAGAAUUCAUCAACUAUUGCAAAAGGAAGUAUUACAGCACAAAAUUGACUCCCAGGUUAGUCUUUUCGUUGUGGGAGUUUUGGAGUACAUCUCUGCGGAUAUAUUGAAGCUAGCCGGUAAUUACGUCAAAAACAUUCGUCAUGUGGAAAUUUCCUGUGAAGACAUUAGAGUUGCGAUGUAUGCAGACAUGGUCCUGAUGGAUAUGUUUUAUCAAGAUGACUGCACGGAAAGUCCACAAAGUGGCUUGGGCGCUGUAGUCUCGCUAACAUAUGAGGAGUCCGUUCGAGAUCUCAUACAUGACGAACGACACUACCUGCGCGAUCUUCACAUGAUCAUAAAGGUGUUUCGAGAGGAAAUUGCUAAAUUAGCCCAGGAUCGAACUGAAUUAGAAACAUUGUUCAGCAACAUUAUGGAUAUUUAUGAAGUUACAGUUACGCUACUCGGUAGUUUGGAAGAUAUUAUGGAAAUAACAGAAGAAAAACAAACACCUACUGUAGGAUCGUGUUUUGAAGAGUUGGCCGAAGCGGCAGAGUUUGACGUGUAUAUAAAAUAUGCGAGGGACAUGAACAGUCCAGCUAGUCGGGAAGUUUUAACUAGGUUAUUGUCGAGGCCAGAAGCCAGCGCGGCCUUACGCGCUGCAGGACAUGGUUUCAAAGAAGCCGUCAGAUACUAUUUGCCAAAGCUUUUGCUACAACCUGUUUGGCACUGCUUUUUGUACUUCGAUUACAUUAAGGUAUUACAUAAACGUACGCCGAAUAUCGAGGACAGCGAAACCUUGGAGCAAGUGCAAGGUCUCUUACGACCUUUGCAAAUGGAAUUACUGCAAUCGGUAGCAAGCCUUCCAAAGAAAGAUACUGGCCUGCGAAUGCAGAGCCGCGCGCGGAGGCAAGCGGCACUGGAAAAGACUAGUGAGAUGCAAAAAACUGUAGAUGGUUGGGACCAGAGAGACAUUGGACAGUGUUGUAACGAAUUCAUCAGAGAGGACAUGCUAGGUAAAGUGGGAAGCAACGGUAGAAGGUUAACGGAAAGGAGAGCCCUUUUGUUCGACGGCUUGCUAGUUUUGUGUAAGCCCAGUGGAGGUAAACGUGUUAGCGUUAGCGUAGCCGCAGUUGGAGUCGGUGGAAGUCAUCCUACGCAUCAAGGUGAACUGCGAUUAAAGGAACGGUUUUUUAUACGAAAAGUUGACAUCAUCGACAGGGAAGAUACAGAUGAACUGAAAAAUGCUUUCGAAAUCGCACCAAGAGAUCAUCCUAAUGUAACAUUGGUAGCAAAAUCCGUCGAAGAUAAGAACAGUUGGAUGGCGGACCUCGUUAUGUUAAAUACAAAGAGUAUGUUGGAAAGGACAUUGGAUAGCAUUCUUUUGGAUGAGGAAAGGAAACAUCCUUUAAAGCUGCCACCUCCGCAUUUGUAUAAAUUUGCGGAGCAGGAUUCUUCGGAAAAUAUAGUUUUGGAAGCUAGAGAAAACGGAGGUGUACCCUUGAUCAAAGGGGCGACAUUGGUCAAGCUCGUCGAAAGAUUAACUUAUCAUAUUUAUGCCGACCCGGCUUUCGUAAGAACAUUCCUCACUACUUAUAGGAGUUUUUGCUCACCUCAGGAACUACUAACCCUACUGAUUGAAAGGUUUGAUAUACCGGAUCCUUCAUUAGUUUACGGAGACGAAGAAAAACCAUCAGGUUGCAAAGCAACGGCAAGAGAAGAUUGGAAAAGGUAUCGAAAGGAAUAUUGUCAACCGGUGCAAUUUAGGGUUUUGAACGUCUUAAGGCACUGGGUGGAUCAUCACUUCUACGAUUUCGAACGUGACAGAAAUCUUCUAGAAAGAUUACAGUCUUUUCUAGACACGGUAAGCGGCAAAUCUAUGAGGAAGUGGGUAGAUUCGGUAAUUAAAAUCGUACAAAGAAAAUGUGAGCCGUCGGAGCAGCGGCCUAUUACAUUUAGUUUCGAACGAUCUCCGCCUCCCAUCGAGUGGCAUCUGAAAGUUCCUGAAGAAGAAUGGGGAAUACUCACGUUGCAUCCCAUUGAAUUAGCAAGACAAUUGACAUUACUGGAGUUCGAACUGUAUAGAACUGUUAAGCCUUCCGAAUUAGUGGGAUCGGUGUGGACGAAAAAAAAUAAAGAGCAGACAUCUCCGAAUCUGCUCAAGAUGAUCAAGCAUACAACUAAUUUUACAAGAUGGCUUGAGAAAACGAUAGUUGAAGCGGAAAAUCUCGAAGAGAGGGUAGCUAUUGUUUCUCGAGCGAUUGAAGUCAUGAUGGUGCUGCAAGAUCUUAAUAAUUUCAAUGGAGUGCUAGCCAUUGUCAGUGCUAUGGGCUCUGCGUCCGUUUUUAGGUUAAAAUUCACUUUCCAGCAAAUUCCAGCAAGACUGGAGAAAGCGCUCGAAGAAGCUCGUGAACUGAAUAAUGAUCACUUUCGAAAAUACCAAGAGAAACUACGCUCUAUUAAUCCACCUUGCGUACCAUUUUUUGGCAUGUACCUGACCAAUAUAUUACACAUCGAAGAAGGAAACCCGGAUUAUCUUCCAGGAAGUCCGGAGCUUAUUAACUUUAGCAAACGGCGGAAGGUAGCCGAAAUAACUGGAGAAAUCCAGCAGUACCAAAAUCAGCCCUAUUGUCUUUCGGUCGAGCCGAGGAUAAGACAUUUUAUUGAAAACUUGUGUCCGUUUGACCCGAACAUGAAGGAUGCUGAUAUUAGUAACUACUUGUAUAAUAAAAGCUUAGAGGUGGAACCGAGGGGAUGCAGACAGCCUCCGAGAGUCCCACGCAAGUACCCCGAUCUAAACUUAAAAUCACCGGGGAUCAAGGCUAGAAGUCUGAGUGGCAAACUACCUGCGCCUUUGCAAGCAGUAGCUUCCAGUGUGAGGCUGCACGAUCCAACGCCGGAAGUUCCGCCACCUCCUGAUUUACCGGAAACACCGCCACACAUGUCGCAAAGUACAGCACCGCACACGGGUGAUCAUAGUGUAUUUGCUCCCGUGCUUUUAGGAGGAACAGGCCCUCCUCCAGGAUCGCCAGGUCCCUUAAGCAUGUCGGGGCUGACUCUCGGUUCACCAGGAAGCAGUCCACAGCUGGGGUCCCCUGGACAUCUACCGCCUCCACACCACCAACCUCAGACCACUCACUUUGGUUUCAAUUCCGGGACUAUAGGUGUGAUGGGUGCCUUAACAGGACUAUCGUCUUCGGGUGGAAGUCCUGGGGCUCCUAUGCCUCUGCCACCGUCACCAAGUCACGUACCUCCUAGCCAACCUCCGCCACCGUUACCACCCAGAUCUCAUAGAAGGCGAGAAAGUUCUAUCAGCGAGUCUCCACAACAGGCACGACAAGCUCCGAAUGCACCCAUGCUUCCACCCCGAGAGGGUACGUCGCCGCCGCCAUUGCCGCCACGGAGGGAUUUACCCCCCGCGGCACUUCCUCCACGCCUUCCCUCUGCCCUAAAUCCGAGCUGCUCAUCGCUCUUGGCGAGGCGGAACUCGACAUUGGAAGGUACUUGCCCCACUCCUGCGCAUCCACGUCGGCACAUGUCUUUCAAUGGUCCUAGCCCCACUAAACUACCCCCGCCAACUCAACCGAAUGGAUCGGUGACUCCCAGGCUACCACCGAAACCAUUGCCCGGACGUCCGCCAACGACCAUGUUUAAUUUCAAUGCCCCACCAGGGCCCAGCUAAGUCCUUCUUUAUGACAUUGUAGAUCUUAUAAGAAAUUGUUCUGAGAUCGAUUUGUAGUCUACUCGGAAAGUUUAUCAAGGUGGACUAUUGCAACCGAAGCAAUGACGCUUCGGUGAUGUAUAUGGACAUUGCCUUGUAACCGAAUGAAAUGUAUUUUCCGAUAUACUAAAUUACCCAGGGAAUAGUAACUGCAAUAUCAAUGUGAAUUUAAGACAACCGAAUCUGGUGUACGUAGAAAUAUUUCAUUAUUCUCACAGUUUUGGAGUUUGAACAUUAAUUUUGCUAUAUAACGGUACCGUUAUAACGAUUCAUACAAUGACGUUUAAGUGAUAGCAGUAUUUUUUAAGGCGCAUUUAGUUGAAAGUACAUAUUUUUUGGAUAAAUCAGUGGAUGCGAAGGGUAUCUGUAUGCAUAUUUUGGUUUUCUUGAAACUCUUUAACCCUUUAGUUACGAAGCGCCACUAUAAUGGCCCCCUUCAUUCCCAUGCAUUUAAGGCAACAAAUGAAUAUUGUAUUCAUAUAAAAUAUUAGCACUACGAGAGCUAUCCGUACAGGUACAACACUGAUCUGUAUACUAACUGGAUAGCUGAUAUCCUAUAAAAUGGCGUGACGUUUUGAAGCGACCGAAGCCCUCUAGUCAUGGGCACGUAAACUAAUAUUGUAGUAUCUGCGCAUGCGUUAAAAAAACGCGUCAUUCAAACGUAAAUAGUAUAAGAGGCGUAAAAUUAAUUUACUGGAAAAGUAUAAUUCCCAUUUUUAUAGAAAUACUUGUGAGAAAAAAGAUAACCGUUUUAUUUUAGUUGAAGCUUUCCUAUAAUAUGCAAUACGCAUCAUUUUCCACGUAAAUUAUGUCUCUUUUGUCCUUUACAUCUAAAACAUUAAAACAAAUAGGUAUCAGCAAUCCAGUUAGUAUAUAGAUCGGUGAGGUACAACUUUAUUAAUAAUAACAAAAUAAUCGAACCAAUUAUUUUUCUAAUUGAUAGUGAUUAUUUACAUUGCAUAAGAAUUGUGCUCAAGACAAAUCUCUAAUAGGUUCCGUGAAACCAAUAUUUAACAAAGAUAGCAAAGUGUUGAAAUACAUUUAUUGUACGUAAUUGAUACAUAAAAAGAAGUAAUUUAUGUUUUAAAAAAGUUCACUCUCCAUUAUUUAUAUUCUUUUACGAGUAAAACCAUAAAUUCUUAAACGUCAGUGAUGUUAUGAAGAUAUUAAAGUAAUAAAGAGUUGUAUUUAAUUUCUUGUUCAUAUAUACAACCUUUGCAAUAUGUGCAGAUAAUCAUAUAAAGAAAAAAAACAGACUUUCUUAAAUGUUGUAAAGUUUUAAUUUAAAAAUUGUACUAUUUUAGACAAACACGGAAAUUCUAGGUACAUCCGAUUUUGUUAUAAGAGAAUGAAAUUUAAGAGUGUACCUACAAUAGAAACACCUUGUUGACGUCAAAUCGUCGCCUCGAUAAAGUAAACAAUGUAAUAAAAUUGCAUAUUAUAUAUAAUGCACGUAAUGUACAAUUGGCACCGGAAACAUUAUCAACAGUUUCCGUGUGAAUAACAGAGGAAAAUCGAAAAAAAGAAAAGGUUGAAUUACCGAGUGGUCUAAAUUCUGCAAUCCAUUUGAAUUUAUGUUUGCCAUCUGAUUACACGAUUGAACAAUGACCAUUGAAAUGUUCUUAACGGACAUUGAAUUAAUAAAUUAGUAUAUUUCGUACCUUUAUCUUUGCUUCCUAUUUUUAUCACGGAUGUUUCCAUUCUUGCUUUACAUGGAAAUGAUUCGGAGAGAUUUUGAAAAGUUCAGAGAUUCACAAUAAUUAGUUGUUAUAAUAAAAAAAAAAUUAUGUUUCUUUAUCCUGUAUUGUUACCGAUUCAAACCCAUUUUAGAGAUGAAUUUUGAUAUUAGGAAUUUCGUCUAAGUAAUUAUUUGUAUAUAAUAUGCAAAAUUAUAACAUUCCUACAUGAUCGUUUAAUUGUGCAAGCAAUAUAAUGUGUAUCACGCAAUGUAUUAGAUUCAUGCUUGUACAUUAUUUGAUACAUGCGAUAUUUCAAAUGAUACGUGUGUUGCAUACGUUGGUCAAUUGGUAAAUUUGGAAAAAUCGAGUCUAAUAUUUAGGCGACGAAAUGACACGAUAUCGCUGAUUAUAUCACCCGUUACGAAUAUUAUACGGAAGUGACAGCGCUAGUUCGUUAAAGGUUUAUUUUUUCAAAGCGAAACAGAAUACUGUUAAUUGUACAAUAUAUUUUUAGAUAUUUUUUCAUAUAUAGGCAGGUAAAUAAUAAACGUGUAAAUAGGAACGUAAUCACCGAAGCAAUUUACUUUAGAAACGCAAUCUUCCACUCGAGGUCUUAAUGUCCGAAGCAUAACGAAAUUCGAGAAUGUAAAGUUAGUCAAAGUUGUACAAAGAUAGUCGAAUUAAGUCGAGAGGAACCGUAAUAUUGCCUUCAUUGUUCGCUAAAUCUAGAUUUUCAAAUACUUCAGCCAUUGUCUUCGGUAAUUCGAAAGCAGGAAUUCUCUGAAUUCUGAUUGGGCAUUUUUAUAUACAUUCAAUAUAAUCGCAAAAAAUAUAAAAUAUGAAAUACAUAUGUGGAUGUUUAUCAAGACGUGGCAGAUCUGACUGUAAAACAAAGCAGCAUAAGUGCACUUUGUGGUGAAGACGGUGUUAACGUUAAGAGGAUUCAACUUGAACAAAUAAUGAAAACCAUUUUGGACAAUUAUUUAAAAAAAAUCUUUAUCUCAUUUAGUUUUUAGUUUACGGCAGUAUUGCAUCUUAGAGGAACAUGUCAUGUGGAAAUUGUUUAAAUUGAAUAUGCCAACAGUCUGUAAUAGGAUUCUAUUGUACUAAGAGAAUUUCUUAAUGUCAUUUGAUGUAUAUAUGAAAAUAGUAAAAUAUAUAUUUUCUAAAUUUAGUGAAUAUGUUGGGUAAUCGUUGCAAAAUCUUGUUCGCCGAGAAAUUGACACUGUUUCGGAAUUACUAUUGGAUCUUUUUUUGAGUGUACGAUGUUCGGCAAGAGAACAUUUUUGGGAAAUUGGCGCGAUAAAUCUAUUUCUAACGUUGCGGGAAUACGGGUAAAUAAUUUUAUCAGAAACUAACAAUUAUUUCAAGUAUUUUUAACAAUUUUCACGAAAAAUACUUAAUCCAGUGGAUCUACGGAGGUAUAUUUGUAUUCAAUUUUGAGGUCGUAUAAGUUCAGCUUGAAUAUUUUCAACCUUUCGCAAUAAAUUUCAGAAGCUCGUUCAUUUUAUUUAAGCUGUAACUGAAAACAAUCUCAAACCGAUUUCAA